AUGUCGCUCUUUGGCCAGGCAAAGCGAAACUCGCUGCCCAAGGUGCGCCGCUCGCCGCUCCCCGUCUUCAGCGGCGACGGCGGCUCAGAAAAGUUCGGGCUGUCAAGUCCAACGGCAGCUCCCAUGGGAGGCAACAGCCGCUUCUUCACAGUGGUUGUGAUUCCCGUUCCACGACUGCCGUUUGGUCGUGACCAAGGCUCCAACGGCGCUGGAACCUCAAAGACAUUCUAUGCCCCGCGUCCCGGCCGCUAUGUGCGAGUUCCCUUGCCCAUACCCCCUCGCGCGUUUGCUCGCAUCUCGAGGCUCCACCCAGUCAUCCGCAUCGCACUCGGUGUUCUCUCGGUCGUGCUCCUCGUAGUCAUUGGACUUGGAUUCAGGCAACGACCUGGGAGCCGCAAUACGUGGACCGCUCCAUUCGUGGAUCCCAACACUCUGGUCCUCACACCAGAGGAAGUGGCCAAGAUUUGGGAGUGGGAGGUCCUCUCUGGACAUCACCCUUCGUUGACCGAAGUCCCCGACAACGUGCCGAUCUCCAGCUCUCUGGUCAACCCGAUUGUCCCCGCUUCGCUCCUCGGUACUGGUGCCUCCAAACAGCGCAACCCCAGCGCCGUUUCGCACACCCUCAUUGGCAAGGGCCCCGAGCGCAAUGUCCUCACGUCGUUUGAGCACGCUCUCCCCAACCCGGCAUUCGCUCCUCGUCCUGUUCCCGGUAGCAUCAUCGAUCUCGACGUCAUCUUGCAAAAGUGUGACUUUUCGACAAACAAGUAUGUUCGCGACUGCCUGGAGUUGUUGCGUAUUGGCGGCAACCUCGACAAUGGCAAGCGCGUCCGCAACCCCAACUACCUCUCGCAGUUCCGCCAAAUGUACACCGAAGACAACUUUACCCCUGCACACACCACGUGGACUCCUCUGCCGCCAGCUACCGAGCAGCGUGACGACGACCUCUCGCGCGCGCCUCUCUCGAGGACCCCUGCGACCCCCAACCACCCUCGCAUCUUCCACAUGUUCUGGGCCGGUCCCUUCACUGACAAGCCGUACAUGGCUGUCAUGUCGUUCCUGUACACCCAGAACCUUGGUCUCGACAAGCCUGUCGAGCUGUCAUCGGACACCGUUGGCAAGACCUGUCGUCCACAGUUCUGGGUGUGGAUCAACCCCGGCCCUGCUGCUGCGGUCCCCAACCCCAACGCCAAAAAGGAAAUGUACGAGUCACUGGCUACCAACCCGUGGUCUGCUCCUUUCCUUGACCACCGCUUCCGCGAGGUCGUCAAGUUUAAGAUGUGGAACACUACCGAGCAGCUUGACGGUAUUCCGGAACUGGAGCCGUACUGGCGCGACAUGUCUCUGUUCAACUCGGGUGGUACCGUCUACAAGGACAAGAAGCAACAGCAGGCCGCCGAAGAGGCCAAGGAGAAGGAAGCCAAGGAGAAGGAGGCCCAGCGCAACGAUGAUGGCGAGGACGCCGAGACUACCCAGGCUGCGGCUACCAAGAAGAAGGGCGGCCUCUUUGAAAAGGUCGGCUCGGCAUCUGAGAGCGACUAUGACCGUCUCUCGGUCGUCCUGUCCGACAUGGCCCGUUUCAUCCUUACCUACCGCUUUGGUGGUAUCUACCUCGACGCCGACACCCUCUUCCUGCGUGACUGGGAGGAGCUGUGGAACUACCGUGGACAGUUUGCCUACCGCUGGUCAUGGCACCAAAAGUACAACACCGCCAUCCUCAAGCUCCACAAGGGCUCGGCGCUGAGCACUUUCCUGUUCAAGGCCGCCCUCGAGAAUGGCCUCGACUUCCACCCCAUGACCGUGUCGCGUUACCUCAAGGACGCUGGUCUUGACCGUCUCCUGGUCCGCAUCCCCGACGCGCUCUUUGACCCCGCAUGGCUCAACAUGGAACGCUACCAGCGCGACCGCCCACCUUUCCCCUACUUCCCCGAGUUUUCCGUUCUGUUCUCCAACGACAAGUUUGACACGGCCGGUCCCGAGCAGGUCGGCUAUGACGGCUUCUUCCGCGGCGCCUACUCGUACCACUUCCACAACUUUUGGUGGCUGCCGUUCGACCCCUCGCGCAACUGGCCCGACCUCGGCGACCGCUUUGCCAAGGGCGAGAUUACCCUGCGUGAGCAGUACACUGCUGCUGCCGAGGCCUCGUCACUCGCCGCCAAGGCGUCACGGGCCGCGUCUGGCGAGAGCAAGGCUGACGAGGAAGCCGAGCAACAGGAGGAGCUCGACAAGACGGACCUCAGCUGGGCGACCGUGCUGAAGCGCACCUUCGAGGCGUACGUCCGUGGCGAGGCCCCCAACAUGUACGGCGAGUGGAUCAGGUGGUAG